UGAGACAUUCAUAAAGGAGCUGCAGAAGACACAAGACUUCCAGAAAGAGCACAUCUUAAGGAUCCAACUGGGUAAAGUCGCCUUAAAGCUUUAAUGAUGCAGCCACAUUCAUUACGGAUCUUUGCAGCAGUCUUCGCCAUGUUUCACAUCCCACCGAGCAGCGCGGACACCGGAGCAGUUCAAGGCGCGUUCCCUCAUCCAAACAAGUACAACCCGAACGAAUCAGAGGGCUGUCUCAUGCCGCCCAUCGGCGGACUCCUCUCCCGCGGGACGGCUUCUGCAACGUCAUCAACUGACGAGGUUCUGGAAUCCAGUCAGGAGGCUCUGCUCGUUACGGAGCGUCGGUACCUCCGGUUGGACUGGUGCAAAACGCAGCCGCUCAAGCAGACCAUCCAAGAGGAGGGCUGCCUGAGCCGCACCAUCAUCAACCGGUUCUGCUACGGACAGUGCAACUCCUUCUACAUCCCGCGGCACACGCACCAGGACGGGAGCGUCUUCCAGUCUUGCUCGGCUUGCAAGCCCAAAACAUUCAGCACCGUCACCUACACCCUCUUUUGUCCGGGAAAGACGCCCAGUACGCGGAGGAAGCGCGUCCAACGCGUGAAGCAGUGUCGGUGCACAACCGUUAAGACGGAAUAAACCCGGAUGUGACUGAUAGGAAACGUUAAGGACUGCAAAUUUGGAUGAAUAUGGAGAAACUUGACUGAACCUUGACUUUGAAAUUGACUGUUUAUAACAUAAAGGCUGGUGGAGAGCACAUCUGGACGUUUGAAGCAACGUAAUUUAAUUUUAUAAACAUUUCAACAUCUGCAACUAAUCCCUGCAUCAUUAUAUUGUUGCAUCACCUGUAAAAUAACAGCAAAUAAGUCACAUGUUUCUGAUCCGA